AUGAAGAGGUGGAUCGGACGUACCUAUCUAGAGCUUAUAGAGCAGAAGCCAAGACCACAUGAUCUUGAGCGUAUUGUGUGGGAAGCCUGGGCUGCUAUUACACCUGGAUACCUCCAGUCCUUAGUAAAUAGUAUGGGGAGGAGGUGUGAGGCUGUAAUUGCUGCUCAAGGUGGGCACACAAUGUAUUGA